AUGGCUUCUGAGGGCGAUGUUAUCAAGAGCACCCCGGUAAUCAGUACUGCCAGUGAUGGCGCUGAUGACUCUGUCAAAGAUGGUCAGCUGGGAGUUGUGGAAGUCAACGUGUUGCAGGAGCGGACAAUUGGGCUCUUUGGAGCUGUUUCGCUUGUUGUGAAUAAGAUCAUUGGCGCAGGAAUAUUCUCCACUCCUAGCACAAUUUUCAAGCUGUCAGGAAGCGUAGGAAUGGCCUUGAUGUGCUGGGUCAUUGGCGCUAUUAUUUCAACAUGCGGUAUCUUUGUCAUGCUCGAAUUCGGUACUGCAAUCCCCCGAUCUGGCGGCAUCAAGAAUUAUCUGGAACGCGCAUUCAGCCCCAGACUCAUGCAAACAUGCAUAUACGUCUUUUAUUGCGUCUUUCUCCGUGGGUUCAACCCUUCCAACCUUAGCUCUUCAGUAGAGCUUCAAGUCCCGGUCACGUCAUCUAACCAAGCUUACACAGAGGUUUCUGCAAGCAACGCCAUUACCUUCUCUUCAUACAUCCUAGUUGCGGCUGGCGUUGAUUCAACGACAUGGAAACUUCGCGGUGUCGCCAUCGCCGGCGCCAUUUUCUCUGUUGGAAUUCACACCGUUGCACCCCGUGUUGGCAGAGGGAUUCAAGAUGUGCUUUCGGCUGUAAAGCUGUUUACACUCCUCUUCAUCGUGUGCUGUGGCUUUGCUGCCUUGGCGGGACAUCUCAGGAUUGAGAGUCCCCACAACUUCUCAAAUGCUUUCGAAGGCACGUCGAGUAGCGGUUACAACAUUGGCUCUGCCAUUCUCAACGUCAUCUUCUCCUUCCAAGGAUAUGACAACGUCAAUGCCGUCCUUUCUGAAGUUCGCAAUCCUCAGCGGACACUUAGAUUGGCUCUUCCCUUGUCUAUGGGCGUCAUCGCGGUGUUGUAUCUCUUGGCCAACGUCGCAUACUUUGCUGCUGUUCCUAAGGAAGCUUUCAUUGCUGCCAAGGUUACGGUUGCGGCAACUCUUUUUGAAAAUGUCUUUGGUCCCUCCGCCGGAGCCAAAGCACUGCCAGCACUUGUUGCUCUGUCUGCCCUUGGACAUCUUCUCGGGGUCGCCUUCACAAUCCCCCGCCUACUCCAAGAACUUGCCAAGGACGGUGUUCUGCCCUUCUCCAACUUGUUCAUGGAGAACAGACCGUUUCGAACGCCAAUUUACGCUCUGCUUCUUCAUCUUGGUGUCACAAUUCUCUUCAUUUGCGCGCCGCCAGCCGGCGAUGCAUUCAACUUCGUGGUGUCGCUAUCCAGCUAUCCGACAACCGUCUUGUUGUUUGCCAUUACUGUCGGUUUGGUCAAGCUGCGCCUGACCGACCGCGCAAACUUCCACUCGCCCCUCCCCGCCCCUUGGAUUCUCAUCGUCAUCUAUCUUGCGGCAAACAUCUUCUUGAUUGUGAUGCCUUUCGUAAGACCCCCCAAUGGAAGGGGGAGCACAUCGUUGCCAUACUGGCUGUCCUCAGUAGUUGCUCUUGGGAUAUUGUCGUUGGGAAUAAUCUACUACACCCUUCGUUUCGUGGUUGUACCGAGGCUGCUGGGCUACAAACAUCAAGAAAUCCAGCAAGAGCUGAGCGACGGAUCCAAGGUUACCCGAUUCCAAAGAAUCAAGAGGUGA